UUUUCCCAAAUAUUUCCACUGGUAUGGCCAAAAUACUCAAAGGUCCCCAUAAUAGCCAGAUCAACCAAGCUACUUUGGUCCAUUUGAUGCCCGACGAUAUGACCAUGAAUCCCACUCCACCACCCCAGUACCCUCUUAGUCUUCAGGGAGUCGGUGGGGGCCAGGGAUGCACGCCACGAGGUCGGUGUAAAUGGAGAAUGUUGUCAGCGCUUGGGCGGACCUUACGGAAUUUCCCAACCCCAGUGAAAUCUCGAAACCAGCUUUAUACCUACCGAUUACCAAACUUCUAA